AUGGCAGAUAUAGAACGUUUCCUUUGCUGUACCCAUCCUGCCGCGCUGUGGGUCAACCAAGAAUCUCGAGCAUGCUGUCUAAAGUCCUUUGUUCGCAUCGAGAACACGAGACUGGAUAGUUCAGGGUUCUUUAUCAACCUUCGCGACGACACUCUGCGACUUGGUCAAGACGACGGCCGAAAAACCAUAACUAAGCUCAAAACAUGCUAUGGAGACCAGCUGCGUCAGAUCCAGAAUAUGAUACUUUGCGAGGAUGACUUCGAGAAACAGUUGAAGUAUUUGGUCGCUUUCAGCGGUCUUAAGCUGCUCCAGGUUAUGCUUGAAAAUUACGAGAACAUCAACGAGCCAACAACUGUUGCAGAGUAUCACGAGGCCGCAAAAAGGUUGAGAACGGAAAUCGACGCUACAGUCGAGGAAUAG